UCCCCUUGUGGACGCACAGUCCUGGUGGCUCCGCUCCUCCCAGCUCAGAGGGGCCCAAAGGAGCUGGAGGAACGGACUCGGAACGGGAUUUCUAAAGAAGGGGAGAAGACUGGCGCCCCACUCUCUCUAGGGGGUUGGUAAACGAUGAAGAGCCGGCGGCGGCGGCGCCGGGAGUACUGCAAGUUCGCUCUGCUGUUGGUACUGUACACGCUGGUGCUGCUGCUGGUCCCCUCCGUACUGGACGGCGGCCGUGACGGGGACAAGGGCGCCGGGCACUGCCUGGGCCUGCAGCGCAGCCUGGGCGUGUGGAGCCUAGAGGCGGCGGCUGCGGGGGAGCGCGAGCAGAGUGCAGAGGCGCGGCCUGACACUGAGGGGCACGCAGGCCAGUCCCCGGGUUCCCCUGACAACUUCAGCAGCGCCGUCGGGGAGACGGUGUCUGGCGAGAAACAGCACAUCUAUGUGCAUGCCACCUGGCGCACUGGUUCGUCGUUCCUGGGCGAACUCUUUAACCAGCACCCGGACGUUUUCUACUUAUAUGAGCCCAUGUGGCAUCUCUGGCAGGCGCUGUAUCCAGGAGAUGCUGAGAGCCUGCAGGGCGCGCUGCGCGACAUGCUGCGCUCGCUUUUCCGCUGUGACUUCUCUGUGCUGCGGCUGUACGCGCCGCCCGGAGACCCUGCCGCGCGCGCCCCGGACGCAGCCAAUCUCACCACGGCCACUCUCUUUCGCUGGCGGACCAACAAAGUCAUCUGCUCGCCUCCCUUGUGCCCCGGUGCGGUCCAUGCCAGGACAGAGGUUGGCCUCGUUGAGGACGCCGCCUGCGAACGCAGCUGCCCACCAGUGGCUCUGCGAGCCCUGGAGGCCGAGUGCCGCAAGUACCCUGUAGUGGUCAUCAAGGACGUUCGCCUCCUGGACCUGGGUGUGCUGGUGCCCCUGAUGCGUGACCCGGGCCUCAACCUGAAGGUGGUGCAGCUUUUCCGAGACCCGAGGGCCGUUCACAACUCGCGCCUCAAAUCCAGGCAGGGGCUGCUGCGGGAGAGCAUCCAAGUGCUGCGCACCCGCCAGAGGGGCGACCGCUUCCACCGUGUGCUGCUGGCGCACGGCGUGGGCGCUCGCCCUGGGGGCCCAUCCCGCGCACUGCCGGCUGCUCCGCGAACCGACUUCUUCCUGACUGGUGCGUUGGAGGUGAUCUGUGAAGCCUGGCUGCGCGACCUGCUCUUUGCGCGCGGGGCGCCCGCCUGGCUGCAGCGCCGCUACCUGAGGCUGCGCUACGAAGACCUAGUGCAGCAGCCACGAGCCCAGCUGCGCCGCCUGCUGCGCUUCGCCGGGCUUCGAGCGCUGUCUGCGCUCGACAACUUCGCGCUCAACAUGACGCGCGGCGCCGCUUAUGGCGCAGACCGGCCCUUCCACCUGUCGGCGCGCGACGCCCGGGAGGCUGUUCACGCCUGGCGUGAGCGCCUGAGCCGCGAGCAGGUGCGUCAGGUGGAGGCCGCCUGUGCUCCGGCCAUGCGCCUGCUGGCUUACCCUCGCAGUGGGGAAGAAGGCGACCCCGAGCCGGCCCUGGAGGAGGAGACACUGCAGGAGAUGAAGGCCGGUGGCACCACGUAGCCUUCCACCCGCGUCCCGGGGGUGGAUCCGAGUCAGUCAUCACAAACCAGGGCACUCAGCAUGUUGCCCCAGCACUGGAGAAGCCAUGCUGUGGAGACAAUUUAUCACGCUGUCAAAGACUGGGACUUGAUUUGGUACCAACUGCUGUGCAGUUCUGCAGAGCAGGACUAGCAUGAGCUUAUUAAAUAAAGGCUGACACAUUGGUUAAAACAAAGUUUCCCGUAAGGAAGUGACAGUGCAAUGUGGAUAAUUAUGGCAAUAAAAUAGGAAGAGCUUUAGUUCUCAGCCUGAAUCUGCCUCAGCUGGAACCACUUCAACAAGGCGUCCUCACAACAAAGAAGAGACGUGAUUUGGUGCCAUUUACCAUUAGCAGGUGUCUAGACAAAAACAUCAAUGUGAAUAAGGGCCAAGUGCAGUCCUGUGUGUCUUGAUUACAUUACUUAAUAUUAAAUAAAAGUCUUGGUGAUAUUGUUUUAAAUCUGACUCAUCCAGCUCUUCUUCAAAUAGCACCCCUUGCCCCCACCCCUGAACUGAUUUUUAAAAAGUAAUUUCUCUCUGUAGGGUGGGAGAACCCUAAUGAACCAAAACAAGUAUGUGCUUUUAAAUUGUUCUAUCUGGUGUUUUUGUACUUAUACUAUUAAAUGACUGGAGUCAUGCUAAUGA